AUGUUUCCACGACCAGCAUGUCUACAAGGUCGUCAACGGCGCAGUCGCCCGGCCGAGGAACUGACGGCCUUUCCCAUCCGGCAACUCUUCAUUUUAGCACUCGUCCGGAUCUGUGAGCCUAUCGCAUUUAUGUCCAUCUUUCCCUACGUAUAUCGAAUGGUCGAAUCAUUUCAUGUGACGGACAACGAGUCAAAAAUCGCGCUCUAUGCUGGUAUGAUCACUUCUUCGUUCACCUUCGCGGAGUUCUCUGCAGGCAUGUUCUGGGGUCGAAUGAGCGAUCGAAUCGGCCGCAAACCCGUGCUCGUUAUGGGAUUGGUAGGCACGGCUAUUAGCAUGGUUGCGUUCGGGUUUGCGCCCAACUUGGCCACCGCGAUGGUUGCACGAGCUCUGGGCGGGUUAUUGAACGGCAACAUCGGUGUGCUGCAGACGACGGUGGCAGAAAUCGUGACUGUGAAGGAGCACCAGCCGCGGGCUUACUCUAUCAUGCCCUUUGUGUGGUGCCUGGGCUCGAUCAUUGGACCGGCCAUGGGGGGUGCACUUGCUCAACCGUGCGACAACUGGCCGCAGCUGUUCUCGCGUGACACCUUGCUCGACCGUUUCCCAUUUCUGCUGCCCAACCUGGUCUGCAUCUGUGUGCUGGUGUGUGGCAUCGUCGUCGGAUUCCUCUUCUUGGAGGAGACACACCCGGAAAAGAAGCACCGAAGAGAUCCUGGUCGGGAGUUGGGCAACUGGCUGGUCAGCCAAUGCUGGGUCACUCGCGUGCAGCUUCCCGAGGUCUCAGAUGUCGAAGAGAAGGAGACCAAGUACAUUGCCUAUGAGGACAGUGAUGACGUUCCGCCGGAGUACACGAGUGCCGAAUCAUCACCCUGCCUCCGCCCCGUGAAGGUACGCGUCGAAAAGAACGUGGGCGACGCUGCCGGAGUAGCCGCGUGCGAUGGCGACGUCGAGGGACAGAAACCGGCUGCGCCCAGGGCCUUCACGCGGCAGGUCAUCUUGACCAUUCUUGCUUAUGGCAUCCUCGCCUAUCACAGUGUCUCCUUCGAUCAGCUGAUGCCGGUUUUCCUGAGCACCCCCAAGUCUGACGAGGCGGUUGUCCUACCCCUCAAAUUCACCGGUGGCCUCGGCUUGCCAACGAAGACCAUCGGUUUCAUGCUGGCGGUGCAGGGUGUCUACUCUAUGAUCGCACAACUGUGGCUCUUCCCAUUCGUGGUGAAGCGUUUUGGUACUCUGCGCACGUUUCGCUUUGUCCUCCUGGCUUGGCCGGCGCUUUACCUGGCCGUGCCUUACCUUAUCCUGCUCCCCGCAAAGCUUCAGAUGCCUGCGGUUUACGCGGCGCUAAUCAGCAAGAUCACUUUCCACGUGAUCGCGUUCCCCGCCAUCGCCAUCUUGCUGGCCAACGCUGCUCCCACGUCAAAGGUGCUGGGGUCCAUCAAUGGUGCUGCUGCCUCCACUGCGAGCUUGAGUCGCGCAUUUGGCCCGACAGUCACUGGCUUGCUCCAUUCCAAAGGUCUCCUCAGUGGAUACUCCGUGCUGGCCUGGUGGGCUUGCGGGCUUGUUUGCCUCGCUGGCGCCAUUCAAAGCUUCUGGAUGGAAGAGUCUGCCGAGCCUGAGCGCUUCAAGAGGACUGAGUCGGACAUCGAUGAAGACGAGCUGAAGCAGCAGCGUGGCUCCUCGGAUGCAGAUUUGUAUGCCGGUCGGGAUUCUGUUUCGGAGGAAGAACAGCGCCUACUCUCCCUGCGCUCCAGCCUUGAUCAUGAGUUCGACAUCAACACCUUGAGCUUGACGCCAAUCAAUGACUUUUCCACUCCUCCCGAGACUGAGCUACAAUCGGCCAGUCGCUCGUGA